AAAACUGUUAACCUUUAAAUUCAAUCAUUCUCAUUAUUUUAAUUGUUUGAAUUUCUGUCAUAACAAGCAUAAUAAAUAUUUGACAAAAAGGCAUUUGUAUUUGCUCCGAACUUCAGUAUAAGUAAAAUGAAAUCCCAGACAGAAUACAAGUUGAAAUCUGCCCCUGAAGAUGCCAUAUCUGCAGUGAAAUUUGGUCCUAACACCGAUCAAUUUCUUUUGGUUAGCUCUUGGGAUGGAUUUGUUAGAUUGUACGAUGUAACCGCUAAUAAUUUGAGACAUAGAUAUGCUCAUAGUACUGCUGUCCUAGACUGUUGCUUCACCGAUGCUGUUCAUUCAUACAGUGGAGGUCUAGACUCUACCUUAAAAACUUUUGAUUUCAACACUACAAAAGAGAAUACUGUAGGCACCCAUUCCAAUGCUAUAAAAUGUGUUGAGUACUGUAGUGAGGUGAAUGGAAUCAUCACCGGCAGUUGGGACCAUCACGUCAAGCUCUGGGAUCCUCGCGCCCCAGUUUGCAGUGGAAGUUACAACCAAGGAGAAAGAGUGUACACUAUGAGUGUGUGUGGUGAAAAAUUAGUUGUUGGAACAGCCGGUCGCAAAAUAUUAGUAUGGGAUGUUCGAAAUAUGUCUUACACCUUACAAAAACGAGAAUCCAAUUUAAAAUAUCAAACCAGAGCCAUCAGAUGUUUCCCUAAUAAGCAAGGUUAUGUUCUUAGCAGCAUUGAAGGUAGGGUAGCAGUAGAGUAUUUGGAUACAAACCCCGAAGUUCAAAGAAAGAAAUAUGCAUUUAAGUGUCAUAGGAUAAAAGAAGAUGGCCUUGAAAAAAUAUAUCCAGUUAAUGCAAUCAGUUUUCAUCCAUUACAUAAUACAUUCGCAACUGGUGGAUCAGAUGGUUAUGUGAACAUUUGGGAUGGUUUCAACAAAAAGAGGUUAUGUCAGUUCCAUCAAUACCAUACCUCAGUUACCUCUCUCAGUUUUAGCCACAAUGGCUCAGUUCUGGCUAUAGCUUGUUCAUAUUUUCUAGAAGAAGACAACCCACCAAAUCCUUUACCAGAGGAUGUGAUCUAUAUUCGAAGUGUUACUGAUCAAGAAACAAAACCCAAGUAUAGUUCUUCCUAAGUGACUUUUGUAGCAUGUUAAUUGUAAAGUGAUAUGUUGCUACUUGAGCUAUGUAUGAUAUUCUCAAAAUAUGAGAAUGACAAUUAUUAGAAGUCAAGUUUGUUUUCAAUUCAAUGUAUUUUGAAAGCUUUGACUUCAGAUACAUAUUAAUCAUUUUGACUUCACGCCCCCUCAUGUCAUUGACGCAAUCGUGCAUUUGGGUGUUUCAUGGAAUUUUAUAUGUUUGAUAUUGUUUUACAAUAAAUGUCAGUAGAAUUCUUGA